AUGACAAUAGAGAUGAUAGUACGAAAACGAAAGGGUCGAGCCGAAUUAAUCACGGACAAUGCAAUCCCUCCUGAGGGGCAAGGCAUCCAAUUCCGAUUUGGAAUGACAACUCACGAUCUCAGUAUUUCCCGAGUGGAUCGGAAUGCUGUGGUAGCCUUAUCAACCUGCAUUCUUUUUACGUACGGAGGCCAAAUUUUAGGUACCUUGACUCCAAUCAUACGAAUGCAAAAUGGCGGCAUCUCGCAUCCUGGAUGUAAGCCAGCGCAGAAAGCACGCGGCGGGAGUGUCAGUCGGGCCAUGUUUCGUUGGGAUCCGAUGAAGUUGACGUAUGAUACUCAGUCCAGCAAAGAUACUAUUCAACCAGAGCUGGGACAGAGCAAGCCUGCAAAGGGUAUGGCUAGCCCAAAUAGGUUUAUUAUCGAUAAGACGCUGUACGCGAAAAAAAAAAGAGCUGAUCAUGUGCACACAGCCAAGCAUUGCGAGACUGUGCCCUUAAACCAACUACUUCUCGUCUUCGCAGAACAACUGGUCAUUCCUAUCCACAAGAUGGGAACACCAGCGCUAAACGCUCGCAAAGCUUUGGCGAGGUGCCUUAUCACAUAUUCAGUCUUCUCGGAAGAUUUACCUCUAUCAUCUCCCUACAACAAACUUUACCUGAACAUGACAGCAUCCCUAGACAACCCUCAUAUGGGCUCGUCGGCGCAUACCGGGUACAUAUCCGUUCACAUUUCAACACGAUCGCUCGUCGUGGUGACAACACCGGGCACCGUGGUGGGCGCGAUUCAUUCCCCGAGCUCUAGAACAAGAGUAGAAUUAAGGCUCGAGAACGGCCAGCGCGUCACAAUUCGGCUAGGGGAAUUGGCUGUAUGCAACGUUACACUAUCAACUGCCCCCCGAAGGUCGCUGUUUUCGGCUGAAAACACCGCGUUCGCAUGGCUCGAAAUGGUUAGGUUAAAACCUCAAGCUGCAUGUACUAAGAGCAACCGCCUCACGGCCUACGAUUUCCUUUCUCUUGCUGAGCGCGUACUACUGACCAUCAUACAGUAUGUCGUUUCAUUUCCUUUCCUUCAUUUCCACAAACUGAAGAUGGCGUGUGUUGAAAGGGAAGAACUAGGGAGGGAUAGCGACAUCGGGUUACAUGGUGCGAAGUUCAUUCCCAUAUGUUCAUGGAUAGAGUGGUCUAGGAUUACAACUUGCCAUCCUCGUAAGGAAUACGACGUGAUAGCGACAUGUCGUGGUUCCCCCAACGUUCCUUCACAAUUGAAUUAUCUGACUCUUCUACUGCAAAAUAGCUUUCCGAUCCUCCGCAAUUUAACCUUCCACAACCACGUCCGGUCUCAGUGUGACAUGUUCCCGUUGAUGUUGCAGAAUUCGGAGCAAAUCACUAUUCUCGCUCUCUUAGGAAAUACUCGAUCAGAUCGUUCCAUGUUUGAGGCCUAUAGAAGAAAACCCUUGAAUGCAUGCAACGCAGAUACACAAUCAAAUAUCACUGAGCUAAAGGCAGACGAUUACAAUUUGGCGCCAUUAGGAUCUCGGGAUGGAGAUAUGGAGCUAGGUAAGGAUGACGGGGGAAUCAGAAUAAUCAGACAAAAUGCUCACUUCCUGAGGUUCAAGAACGCAAAGUAUUCCAUGCAUUCAGCGAGGAACCGAUACCCUUGUUCCUGGAGAGCCAUGAAGGGGCCAAAGUUUAGAAAUAUUGGUGGCACAACACUUUCCAUGGACUCUGCUAAAAUAUUCGCCGAAAGCGAUGGCUGUCGCGCCUUUCGACGUGGGAUUCACGUUCCCUCACCGAAUAUCUCAGAUACCGAACAGCGCCGCUUCGAGAGAGUAAUCAGAAUUCUAAGCCUGAAGCCCAAAUUUCCAGUUUCUGACUUCGAGUGUUUCAUCAGGACCAGUAUGAAAGACUCUGUUCUGAAGAACAUACGUACAAGAGGAAUUACAAGCUCCGCGGAACUAGGAAAAUUUGAGAAGGCCGAGAUACUAGCGUGUUUCCUAGCAAAGAAGAAGAAUGGCCAGUACAACUAUUUUGCUUCAAUGUGGCAGCAAGUCACAACUAACUUCAUUCUUAUUAGAAUUUGGAAGCAAAACUUAGCCUCAAUUGAUGAAUAUUUCCAAAGAUCAAGGAAAUGA